GUCCGCGUCUGGCCUUUCUGCAUGAAGUGUGCCCCGCCUGCCCGUCCUGCGGGCACAUGCCCUGGGAGUGCCACAAGUUGAGCAGGGAGCAAAUCCUGGCAUGCCCGGGUCUAGCCCUGCCGGUCCCGACAUGGGACUGGCCGGUUGCGCGACGGGUUCCCGUCCUCUUCAACACUGUCGAGCACUUCCCGCCGAAUCAGAAAGGGAGCCAGCAGUGUUGAGAGGAGUGUCUGUUGGUCCUUGCACACUGCUGUGGGACAAGGAGUACUUGUGCACGCGAGGGGGCAAGCGUGAUGUCAAGGUGCACGUAUCACCACACAGGCACAUGGACUUCAUCCAAAAGAAUUUUUUCUACAGAACACUGCCAUUUUGUGAACUUGUGGAGCGAGCAUCCAAUUCCAAGAAUACCAACUUCUUCAUAAAUGAGGCAGAGUUCUAUUACUUAAGAACACUUGGGAGUGACUCGAGAAGAGAGCCGGCCAACAUUGGUGCACAGUUUCCAGAGCUUGCCAAAGACGUCACAUUGCCAAAGUGGUUUCCGGACGAAGCCUUUUUCUCCAGUGUUCUUCGAAUUGCAUCCCCACAGCUCUCCUUGUGGACUCAUUAUGACGUGAUGGACAAUUUCCUCAUACAAGUUAAAGGCAAAAAGAAGGCUGUACUGUUCCAUCCAAAUGACUUUGAGUACCUUUACAUACAAGAUGACAAAUCUCUUGUUUUGGACGUAGAGUGUCCGGACUUGGAAAAUUUUCCCAAGUUUCAAAAAGCUACCCGAUACGAAGCUAUGCUCGCUUCUGGCGACAUAUUAUUCAUCCCAGCAUUGUGGUUUCAUAACAUGACUGCUCUGGAUUUUGGAAUUGCUGUAAAUGUAUUCUGGAGGAACCUGGAUGCGAGUUUGUAUGACAAGAAGGAUCCCUAUGGGAACAAGGACUUGAUUCCUGCUUGCAACGCUCUCACUUCGGUGGAUAAAGCAAUGAAACAGCUGCAGCUCCUUCCAUUUGAUUGCCAGCAGUUCUACGCACUGAAAAUGAUUUCACAUAUUAAAGAACGCUUUGGUCUAUCUUGACAA